CCAGGGAAGGAGGAAGGGGGAUGGAGGAGAGAAAGAGGGAGGGCUAAGCAGAAACUAUGUGUAUGUGUGUGUGCAUGUGUGUUUGGGGAGGGGGAGAGGUUUUAUCACAAAGGUCAUAGAAGUGCAAGGCUUUAGCUGAAGGCAACUUGGUUUUCAGCCAACAGCUGAGCUUCAGUGAGAUAAACAGCAGAAAGGGGUGAUGAGCUGGGCUUUCCCGAUAGCCUAUCUUACUACUAUCAGAGUACGUCAGGGCUUCUCAUCUCCCUCUAGCAAGAGACCUGCUCAUGAGAGGAAGCACGGACACAGCAGACCAAGACCUCUGUGUACUGAGUUUAUAUACCUCUGUGUAGAGACAGCAGUGGAACAUUUGCGAACUGGGACCAUAACAAUUCCUAGAUGGGGAGUUUGUCGCUCGAUCUUGCUGCCACUGUAGACAGCCAGUAUGGAUCAGUGCUGGAUGGUUACCUCAGUGGCAAGACACACUCUGAGUUCAGUCACACUGACUACCGUUCACUAAAGAGAGACUACCACCACAGGGUAUUUGUGAAUCGAAGCCUAGCCUUAGAGAAGAUUAAAUGCUUUGGGUUUGACAUGGACUACACACUUGCAGUGUACAAGUCCCCAGACUAUGAGGAGAUGACCUUUGAGCUUUUAAUGCAGCAACUUGUAAAGAUUGGAUACCCAGCUGAAUUACUGAAGUACAGAUAUGAUCCUACAUUUCCUACCAGAGGACUUGUGUUUGAUACCCUUUACGGAAAUCUUCUGAAGGUAGACCCACACGGCAAUAUCCUAGUGUGUACACGUGGAUUCCGUUUCCAGAAAGGUUCAAACUUCCUGAAACAAUGCUAUACAAGUGAACUAUACAGCAUACUCAGAAAUGAAAUACAGGAGGACUAUCCCAACAAAUUUAUCCAGAGAGAUGACACUGAACGCUUCCACAUCAUGAACACACUCUUCAACCUCUCGGAAACAUACAUCUAUGCCUGUUUGAUUGAUUAUUUCACAAACAGUCCUCUCUACAACAAUCUAGAAAAGGGAUAUAAACAUGGGAAUAUGUACAUGUCCUUCCGUAGUGUCUUCCAGGACGUACGAGAUGCGAUGGAUUAUUUACAUGACCAUGGGUGCCUAAAAGACAGAACUCUAAAAAACCUGGAGAAGUAUGUUGUGAAAGAUCCUAACCUGCCUCUAUUGCUGAGCCGAAUGAAAGAAGUUGCGAAGGUGUUUCUAGCUACAAACAGCAAUUAUGAAUACACAAAUGCUAUUAUGACCUACCUGUUUGACUUCCCUCAUGGACCAACACCAAACAGCCAGUUCAGGCCAUGGCGGUCCUACUUUGACCUGAUUAUAGUUGAUGCUCGAAAGCCCCUCUUCUUUGCGGAAGGAACUGUCCUGAGACAAGUCAAUACGCUCACAGGAAUGCUGCGGAUUGGCACCUACACUGGACCGCAUCAGCUCUGCACUGUUUAUUCUGGAGGUUCUUCUGAUAUAGUAUGUGACCUCCUAGAGGUGAAGGGAAAGGACAUCCUGUACAUAGGGGAUCACAUUUUUGGGGACAUCCUAAAGUCAAAGAAGCGGCAGGGCUGGAAGACUUUCCUGGUGGUACCAGAGUUGGCACAUGAACUGCAUGUCUGGACUGAACAAAACAACCUGUUUGAAGAACUGAAGAGCCUGGAUAUUUUUCUGGCUGAGCUGUACAAACAUUUAGAUAGUGGAAGCAAUGAACGCCCAGACAUCAGCUCUAUACAGAAGAGGAUGAAGAAACUUACUCAUGACAUGGACAUGUGCUAUGGGAAAAUGGGCAGCUUACUCCGCUGUGGCUCGAGGCAGACACUUUUUGCCAAUCAGUUAAUGCGUUAUGCUGAUCUGUAUGCUGCAUCCUUCCUGAACUUGCUGUAUUACCCCUUUAGCUACCUCUUCAGGGCACCACCAGUACUGAUGCCACAUGAAUCAACUGUAGAGCACAUCCCCAAGGACACAGAUGAGUCACAAUUAUUCUUAGCCAAUCAUAUAAGUUGUCUUUCCAUCUCCUCUCCACAGAAAACAAGCUUUGAUCCUAAUGCAGACUGACAGAAGGAGAAGACAGAACAAGCAAGUCACUAUGGUGCAUGACCCAGCUGCGAUAAAGUGUCUGAUGUUGCAGAAAUCAAAAGAAAAUCUGGGAAGAUACUUCUGGACAUUACUCUUCAAACCAAAAUAAGAUGAAAGGAAGAAAAACAGACAUACACAUAGUGCCUUAUUUUCUUGCACGGUCAAGGGGCCUUAUUUCAACAGGACUGCUCAAGGUCACCAUCCUACUCCAGCAACACCAGUUGUACUAACUUUUCAUAGCAGUAUGGACUGAAGUGCACAUAAACAGAACUUUAGAGGCAGACAGAAAGGUACUAGUAACUCUGGUCUACCACAGUUUGUGACAAUGUACGCUGCCACUAUUGACUGAUUCAGACUUUACAGCUGUUUGUAUUAUUCUACUCAGCUCCCCAAUCUGUGGGCAUAGGGUUAGUCUACAAAUCUGUCACCCAGAAUUUUUUCAAGUUUUCUAAUCCAAAGAAGUCAUAAAGUUUCUCUGCUAUGAACAAAGCAGGAAAUAUUUUCCAGUUUAAUUUUUUGCCUUAUAUGUAUCACACAGAAGAACCAAGAUUUAUAUUGUGCAUGUACCCACACUGGUACAAAUUAUUUUACUGGCAAAUACUACUUCUGCUCCAUCAUUUCAGUUUAUCAGAAGCUGCUUUUCCUUAAUGUGGUGGCAGUGUUAGCCUGCUGGAUCAUCUUGACAAGACACAAGUCCUUGUCUUUCUUUUAUCUACAUACUAUGCUAUCAACAAACAAUCUCCAAAAGGGCAAAAUACUCAAACAUUUGGAAUCAUCACAUUCCCGCUGUGGAGAAGAGUAACUGAAGAGCAAAGGAAGCAUAACAAGGGUUCCUCUGAAGAGCACCAGUAAUGGUUACAGAUCAGCAAAGCCUUCUACCCCAGCACUGCCCAGCUUUCAGAACUGUAACCCAUAGGAAGGCAAGCACUAGAAUCCUUAGCAAUAAUAGAAAAAGAUUUUAUUUUAAUGGUUUGUUUUUAUAUGGGGUGGUAAUGUCACUGUAUUAAACUGAGCAAGAGAGGUACUCAGUGCAGAAAGGAGCAACCUUUAACAUAUUUACGACUGAUUCAAAGCUGCAAAAUCUCAGAAGAUUACAAAUUUUAUGCACCCUCAGCAAAAUUUGUCUUGUUAACUUUAUACAGUGGCAAUAAUGAGAAUAUUACAAAGUCACAUAUACAGCAGAAAUGUUGUGAGAAAUGUAAAACUUUAUUAGUGCAAUGGACAUGUUUUCCUAGUUUAUUAACAUAGCAAAUGGUAGUAACUUGGUGUGAAAUUGACAACAUAAGAGGAAAGCGCACACUUCAUUCUGAAAUCGCACACAUUCCAGGGGCUUGCUCAUGAAGGACCAGCUCUACAGUGUGAUGGUGGUGCUACUUUUAAUCCUCAACUGUUAAAUGCUAGCAAUUUUUGUCAUGAUUAUAGGAUUCAAUAUUCAGGAAAUUAUGGAAAAAAUUAUUUACAAAGUCAUGAAUACAAAGUUGUUUCUAUAUUUGAAAUUACAAUUAAUCAAAAGUAUAUACUAUUGUGGGUUUUAUUAGCUCUCUAUUAAAUAUUAUUUACAUAACUAGUUGUACAUUUUGUUUCAACACUAGUCACUUUAUGUAUGUUUUAUCUGGAAUAUGUAAAAAUGUGGGGACAUGAAGUUAUAAGACUACUUUGUUCAUUAUUGACAUUGUUUGGAAAAAUAUAAUAGUCUGCAUAUCUGGCUUGAUGAUGUUAUAGAUUAUUGAUGAAAGUGCUUCAUUAGCACUGCUGUACUCCUAACAGGAACUGUUAUGUCACAGGGAUGUCCCAUGCAGUCAAAAUAUUUUCUGUUGCUUGUUUUUAUGUACCAUUCAUUGUAGGAAACACGUUUGACAGUAGCAGUCUCAAGGUCAUCCUAUCACUCAUGAGAGGCUACCUCUGAUGACACCCAUAUGGGUGACCAUAUACAAUGUAAUAUCAGCUAGGAGUGAAACUUUAAAAAAGGGUUUGCUUCAGACAAACUAUAACAUCCUGGCUACAGGCCAGAAGUGUUUUUGAAGCCUCUCCCAGCAGUUUUAAAGAAAAAAAAAGAUAAAACAAAAGGAUGACCUAAUUUUGAUGAAAUAAAAAUGUGCUAUUAUAUGGAAAAUGUGUUUGCAUUUCCAGAAAAAUAAAGGAAUAGGAUGGGGCAUGACCUGUAACAAGAGAUUCCCUAAAAUAUAAACUAUGUAAACUGUUA